AUGGAUCAUCGGAAAUGGUGGCCGGACGACGAUGAACGAAGCCGGCGAAGUUUCUGGCAAAACCGGCGCGAUACCGGGCUUUUUCUGAUGGAAUUCAGAGGUUCCAGGGUCGGGGCUGAUACACAUGAAGAUGUCAGGUGGACCCCUCCGUCACCGUCUUUGGUUAAGAUCAAUGUUGAUGCAGCUUGGAAGAAAGAGACGCUGCAGAUUGGCAUUGGUAUUGUAGCACGUAAUGACAGAGGUGCUUUUAUUCGUGAUGAGGCACGGUAUCUGUUACGAUUUUUCAUUGAAGAAGCUGAGGCUGAGGCUAUUUUAGCUGGGGUCUUCUUGGCAAAGACGAUCAAUCUUAGAAGUGUUAUUAUUGAAACUGAUGCUAAAUGUGUCAUUGAGUGUGUUCCCAAGAGGAACCACUACCGGAAACUGGAGACUUUAUCCUAUACUGAAGGAAAUUUGGAGACACGCAUCUUGUUUCUUUACUAUCCAAUGGCAGUGGAUGUCGAGAAGAGCAAAUGA